AUGAAACAUAACAAAUAAUAGAGUCAUUACAUAUUAGACUUUUAGGAUAUCGAGGAUAUUUCAGAUAAUGAAUCAAUGAGUUCUGAAUAAUCAAAUAAAUAAUAAUAAAUAAAUUAAGUAAGUCCAAUUGGCAAUAGAAUAGAAUAAUUGAAUUCAAUAUUAUAAGUAAAAAAGGAGACUGUAGAAAUUCCAUCAAUAGUAAUAUAAGAAUAAGAGGAGCCAAUAAUAAGAAGAAAGGUGGAUAUUUAAAAGUAGUAAUGGUCAGUUAAUUUUGAUGAAUUAUCAGAAUAGGAAUAAUUAGAUAGUGAUAGAUCAUAAUGUGCAAUAGAAAUACAAAAGGAUCCAAGUCCACCUACAAUUACAAUUGAAGAACCAUAAUAUAUUGAAUAAUAUUUUGAAGAUUAAAAUGUAAUAGAAGAGAUAGAUAUUGAAUAAGAAUAGUUAAAAUUAGAAUAGAGAAAGGAAUAGUUGAAAUAGGAUUUAAUAACUAAAAAAUAAUAAUAAUAAUAAAAAUAAAAAACUAAAAUAUAAUCAAUUCAAUAGGAACCUAAAAAGAUAUAGGAAAUAAAUUAAAUAAAAAGUAAAAACUUAGAUGAUAAAAUUAAGUAAAAAUAUAAAUAGAAAUUUUACAAUCCUAAAAAUUCAUUGAUUUAUUUAAGAUUAAAAGGUAGGGAAGAUUUAUAUAAAAAGUAAGAAUAAUUUAUAGAUGAAUAAACUAAACCUCCAGAUUAAGAUGAAUUAUUAGAAGGAUUAGAGUGUAUCAAUAGUUUAUUGAUUGGAUUAUCUAAAAUCAAGGAUAAAAAAUUAAGUAAUAUUGAAAAAUAGAAAAUGCUACCUUUGUAAAUUUAGAAACAUCGUUUAGAUGAUAAAGGUGAACAUCAUAAAGAAUCUAAAUUAUAAAAGAAUACUGAUAAAGAUAAAAAUAUAGAAUAAUAAAAGAAANCCAUCAAUUAAUCGUUUGAUUUUUUUGUUUGA